CUCCUCAAGUCAAAAAAACUCUUUCAAGAAAAGAAAAUGGUUAGGACGCAAGGGCCAUAUGGUGUUUCGGGCAGUGGAGUCAUGUGGGAUGAUAAUCACCACGAUAAUUUGAAGAAGAUAACCGUCAGUUACAGUGCCUUGGGUAUCAACUUAGUCCAGUUUGAAUAUCUUGAUGGCACGGAGACUGUAAAGGGGGAGGCACACGGCAAUUUUGAUUUUGCAGCUACUUCGAUUGCAACCGAGCUGGCUUAUCUUGCGGAAGGUGAAGUCGUCACCUUCGUAACAGCAUAUACCGGUUAUGCGGUGAGGAAGCUAGAGUUCAGGACAAACGUGCGAAUUAUAAAAAUGGGAGUCGACUCGAAGGUGUACGCUGAGGAAGAAGCCAUUCCGUUUGGUCCUUUUGAAGGUGAUGUACCAAUCAAGGUUGUCGGAUUCCAUGGCGAAUCUGGAGAUCAAUUCCUUCAUAAGUUUGGUGUUCACUGGGCUCCAAUACAGGCAGUGGGAGUGGGAGGAAGGGUUAACUAUCUCAGAAACUAAAGUAUAUUUUCAAUUAAGAAAUGUUAUAAAGUUAAAAUCAUAUGCCGGGAAUCUAUAGUUGUUCCAGAUGAAAUAAAUAAUAAAUAAGUUUCCAA